AUGAAGCGUACACAGGAAGAAACAAGAGAAAGAAACAAAAGAAGAUUAAAACAGUUAAAUAAAGAGAUCUCCUUACUGGAACAAGAGAAGGAGAUGAAUUCUAACGUAAUGCUAGAAUUAGAGACAAAAAUAAAGACAAGGCAGAGCAGAAGGUACUUAAUAACAGAAGAUACAGAAUAUAAUACACAUAGCAUACAAAGUAAUAUCACACCAGAGAAGAUCUCCUCAUUAGAAGUAUUUAUACAUAAUAUAAGCAAUCUACCGUUAGAGUAUAUUCUAUUACAGUCUAAUAAGAUAGUAUUAACUAAAGAAUGGUACUUGUCUUAUAUAGAGAGGGAGUACUUAGUGAAGUACAACAAGAUUAAAGAGUUAUUGUGUAAUAAGUUAUUGCUGGAAGAGAAAACGAAAGGAAUUUUUACAGGGGUAGAAAAAAAAAGAAGAGAAAUAAUCUAUGCAAAAUAUAAUACACAAAGCGUAAUAAGUAAUGUAAAAUAUAAUAUACAAAGUGUAAUAAGUAAUAAAUAUAAUACACAAAGUGUAAUAAGUCCAUUAGGGAGCACAGACUUAUUAAGCAAUAUAUCAAAUAUUCUGGAUACGAUAAUAAUGGACAGUACAAGCAGUAUAAGCAGUAACCAGGGGCAUAUAAGCAGUACUAGUACAGGUAUAAGCAGUACAAGCAGUGGUACACAUACUAAUAGUAACCAGGGGCAUAUAAGCAGUACACCCACUGGUUCACACUCUACACAUACACCUGCUUAUCCCUCUACUUCUUCUUCUGCUUCUGUUGAGUAUAAAAGGGUUCUUAGUCUGUUCUCUAUGAUGAAGUCUAAUAAGAGCAGUGUCCGUUAUACAAUACCACCCAGUAAGAAGAGUAAUUCAAUGCACUCAUCACACAGCACAUGCUUAGAUAAAACAAAAGGGGAGUGUAGAAGUAUCCCUGACUUAGUUAAGUACAGGAUGAGUAAGUGCCUUAAUAAGCCAGUGAGAUAUCCUGCUGUUAUAAGGAGUGAUUGCAGUACACCAACAGAAAAGGAGCAAGGAGGACAAGUAAAGGAGAGACUUAAUAUAAAAGAAAAAAAUGAGGAGAAAACGGAGUAAUAUAGUACACAUAGUAUAAUAAAUAAUAAAUAGUACACUAUACAUAAUA